AUGGGGACCACAGAUUGUCAACCUUGUUGUGAAGGAUUCUUUUGCCCAAGGGGGCUUGCUUGCAUGAUACCAUGCCCUUUAGGUUCUUAUUGUCCGCUUGCAUCGCUGAAUAAAUCUACCGGAGUUUGUGAUCCAUAUAAUUACCAUUCCCCUGGAAAGCCGAACCACAGUUGCGGCACUGCCGAUAUUUGGGCCGAUGUUGGGAGUAGUACUUCGAUGUUCUGUUCGCCAGGAUCAUACUGCCCUGAUACCCUUAACAAAAUUUCUUGCAGUCAGGGGCAUUACUGCAGAAAGGGUUCCACCACCCAAAUUUCUUGCUUCAAAUUAACUACCUGCAAUCCGAAUACGUCGAACCAGAAUAUUCAUGGUUAUGGCGUCAUGCUUUUCGUUGGACUCAGUCUUCUGCUGCUCAUUAUUUAUAAUUUCUCCGAUCAAGUUAUUAGUACUAAAGGAAGACAGGCUAAGUCCCGAGAAGCAGCGGCGAAGCAUGUGCGUGAAACUGCACAAGCUAGGGAAAGGUGGAAAGCAGCAAAAGAUGUUGCGAAGAAGGGAGGUUGGCAGUCUCAGCUUUCGAAGACAUUUUCUCGAGCAAGAUCACAAAGGCGACCUGAACAGACGAAGGCAUCGGGUGCUAGUAAGUCUACUGAACCUGAGUUACCAGAGCAAGUACCUAGAGGUUCAAAAGACAAGAAAAAGGAACCAGGCGACCUCACAAAACUGAUGCAUUCCCUUGAAGACGACGAUUCCAAAAGUAAUGAGGGUAUUGAUGUGCAUAUUGGAGGGGAAAAUGUGAAAAAACAAGCACCAAAGGGUAAACAGUUGCAUACUCAAAGUCAAAUAUUCAAGUAUGCCUAUGGUCAAAUUGAGAAGGAAAAAGCACAACAGAACCAGAAUCUGACCUUCUCAGGAAUAAUAUCAAUGGCUACAGAUAGCAAUAUCCGGACCAGGCCUAUGAUUGAGAAUUUUAAGGAUCUAACCCUCACUUUGAAGAAGAACAAUAAACAUCUGCUCAGGUGUGUCACCGGGAAACUCAGUCCUGGUCGUGUAUCCGCAGUUAUGGGCCCAUCAGGAGCCGGGAAAACUACUUUUCUAUCUGCUUUGACAGGGAAAACUGCUGAUGGAUGCACUGUUACAGGCCUGAUUCUUGUGAACGGAAAAAACGAACCUAUCCAAGCAUAUAAGAAAAUUGGAUAUGUUCCUCAAGAUGAUAUAGUGCAUGGAAACUUGACAGUAGAGGAGAACCUUCGAUUCAGUGCAAGGUGCAGACUAUCUGCGCACCUGCCAAAACCCGAUAAAGUUUUGGUUAUCGAAAGGGUGAUUGAGUCCUUGGGAUUACAGCCAGUAAGAGAUUCAAUUGUUGGGACAGUGGAGAAGAGAGGGAUCUCCGGAGGCCAGAGAAAACGUGUAAAUGUUGGACUAGAGAUGGUUAUGGAACCUUCUUUAUUGAUCUUGGAUGAACCUACUACUGGGUUAGACAGUUCUUCAUCACAGUUGCUCCUUCGAGCUCUUCGACGUGAAGCUCUUGAAGGAGUAAACAUCUGCAUGGUACUUCACCAACCAAGCUAUGCCUUGUUCAAGAUGUUUGAUGAUUUAAUACUUCUAGCCAAAGGUGGUCUGAUUGCAUAUCUUGGACCUGUGAAGAAGCUUGAAGAAUACUUUUCCAGCAUAGGGAUCGAUGUACCUGACCGCGUCAAUCCUCCAGACCACUUAAUCGACAUUCUGGAAGGGAUCGAGAAGCCAGCAUCAGUGACCCGUGAACAGCUUCCUGUCCGAUGGAUACAUAAUGGCUACUCAGUACCAGUGGAUAUGCUCGAUUUGACUGAAGGACUUGCCACACCCUCUGGUUCAAAUAAAUACUUCUGGUGGACAAUCUUUUCCGCAGACAUGCCUGAAGAUUCAAAAAAAAAACCGGGUAUAUUUCGCCAGUACAGAUACUUCCUUGGCAGGGUUCUUAAACAGAGACUACGAGAAGGUCAGAUGCAAGCCGUUGAUUUAAUGAUCCUACUACUUGCUGGAGCCUGCUUAGGAACACUUGCCAAAGUCACGGAUGAAACACUGGAUAACGCUGGCUACACAUAUUCAGUCAUUGCAGUAUCACUGUUAUCAAUGAUCGCAGCGUUGAGAACGUAUUCACUCGAUAAGUUAGAAUACAAAAGGGAGACCGAAGCUGGGAUCAGCAGCCUGGCUCAUUUCUUAUCCAAAGACACAAUCGAUAACUUCAACGUCAUUAUAAAACCAGUGGCAUAUCUAUCAAUGUUCUACUUCUUCAACAAUCCAAGAUCAAGCUUCGAAGAUAACUACGUUAUAUUGAUGUGCCUUGUUUACUGUGUCACUGGUAUGGCUUAUAUAUUAGCCAUUGCUUUUAUACCUAGUCUAGCCCAACUGUGGGCAGCGCUUGUUCCUGUUGUUUUGACUCUAGUUGCAAACCAGGGAAAAGAUAGUAUGGUUCAGAAAUAUUUUGGCAAAUUUUGCUACACCAAAUGGGCUCUGGAAGCUUUUGUCAUUUCAAAUGCUGAAAGGUACUCUGGAGUUUGGCUAUUAACUCGUUGCAAAUCGUUGGAAUCUGGGGGUUAUAAUCUCGAUGACUACUCUCUUUGUUUAAUCGUCCUUGUUAUCAAUGGCGUUAUCGCUCGCAUUGUAGCUUUAUUAUACUUAAAACCAGAUGAGUUUGGAGAAGAAUGCAGCCUUUUUUUUUGUUGGUAUAAAAAGAAACUCAGCAUGAAACGUAGAAGAAAAGUGGGGAAAAUUAAUGGUUAA